CCUCAUGUAUCAACCACCGCGACUGGAGCUCUGUUCAUCAUGAGAUCCGCAGAUGGCCAAGUCACUCCACAUAAAAAGGUGCGCCUUGCAUGUCGACGAUGCAGGACCAAGCGAAUCAAGUGUGAUGGGGGCAUCCCUGCCUGCUCAAAUUGCGCAAAGGCUGGUGUCUCCUGUGUCGAUGUCGACGGUCGCAAUAAUGACCGUUCCAUUCCCCGCGACUACGCUGCACGCUGUCGCUCUCGCAUCCAGUGGCUAGAACAGCAAAUCAAGACUCUGGAUGCUGAUUUCGACCUGACACAGGGCCCGCAGCUGGAUGGCAGCACCUCUGAUGGCAGUCAUGAUAUAAGCAUAGUCGAAGCUGUUCACCAGUACACGCCUGAACAGACGAUUGAGCCAUCAUCAUCGCGGAAACGACCACAUACUGCACUCGAAACUUCCAGUUCCCAUGCAGUUUCUGAUCCCGCACCGGCUGCGGAGGCCCGUUCGGUUGCUGUUGACCUGGGAAUGCUAUCCCUUCACUCAGACUCCCGCCAAACGCAUUACCUAGGCUCCUCCUCUGGCCUUUUCUUUACCAACCUGAUCGGUGCCCACAGCGAUUCUCUAGCAAGUCCAGCGUCGACAUCGACAGGACCGGCACAAAAUCGGCGCCAACGCUCUCGCCCUUCUUUAGAGACGUUCUACUUGCUAUAUAAAAAGCUCUCGGCUGAUCUCCCUUCCCCCGAAGAGGCCACGACAUUGUUCAAUGUUUACCUGCAGGAAAUUCAUCUCGAUCACCCAUUCCUUCACCCAACAUCACUACUCGAGGCUUAUAACGCUCUAAGCUUUUGCGCGGGACAAAGUCUGGAACAAGCUACUAAUGUGGACGCGAAUGGCUGGCCCGACGAAAUGGCUCCAUUUCCCUAUAAUGGGCGCUAUGAUAAAGUAGCCGACAAGGAUGUUACGCCCAUCUCCAUUUUUACGGCUGUCCUGCAUGUAUUUAUGGUGUUCUCCCUUGCAGCUACGGUGCUCACUCGAAAUAAAAAUUUUGACUUUUCACCCACUCGUUUCUAUAAAUUUGCGGUGAGCUCAGCGCCAGAAUGUUUGUCUAGCAUAUCCUUGUCGGGGCUACAAAGCAUUCUCCUCUUUACAGUUCAGGGAAUGACCGCUCCUACGAAUCUCAAUAUUUGGACCUUGGUGCAUGUGGCCAUGUCCCACUGCAUUGAUUUGGGUUUACACCGGGAGCCCCGGGGUGCCUCCGACGGGACACCUAUUUCGCUUGCGAUGCGGCGUUUUGUCUUUUAUACGGUUUACAACUUGGACAGGUCAAUCUCAACCAUCCAAGGUCGACCACUCGGCAUACGCGACGAAACCUUUGAUCUUCGGAUCCCGCAAACCGCCGAUAUCCCCGUUGAGCAUGUCCCGAUUGCGAAUGGCUUGAGCGGCCUACGUCCACGCAUCCCGCACGAUAUGACAUUAUCUGUUUAUCGUUUCUUAUUGGAUCCUUAUAUUUCAGAGAUUAAAAUGUUAUUCUAUCAUCUCCCGAGCCAGGGAAGUGCAUUCCACUGGCCUGCCGAUCAUUCAGCGGAACAGGAACGCAUCAAGGCUUCGCUUGACAGCUGGCUCGCGGAUGCCAGACUCGCUUGGUCGGAAUCCAACAGGCACCAGCAAGAGCCGGACGAGUUAGCAAAGUCCCACCACAAACAGCUCAAGCUGGAAGCUCUGUAUCAUGGUGCGGUAACGCUUCUAUACCAGCCAUCGCAGGCAUUCCCGUCCCCCUCACAAUCCGCCCUUCUCCAGUGCUAUCAGUCCUCCAGUGAGCGUAUCCAUAUCUAUAACCAUCUGAACAAUGAGGAAUGCCUGUAUUACAACUGGCGGAACAUCCAUGGCAUAUUCUCCUCUGGGGCCACCAUCGUCUACUGCCUUUGGGCAUCUCCGGAUAUACAACUAGUGGUGCCUUUUGCGGACGCUUUGCGUGAUCUUCGGGUCUGCUCAAAUCUUCUAAGCAUUGGAGGGCAGUGGUGGCCCUCCGUGCGCAAUGGCAAAGAGAACUUCGACAGGAUUGUCGAUCUGACGAUCAAACAGUUGAGCCGUUUGCGUGCCACGAACGCAUCGGCUGAGGCUCAACGGUCAAAUCAGCGCAGGCGAAUCAGUGGUGAUGGACAAUCAACUGACCCCUUGCCCAAUAACGGGUCGGCGAUGCUAUCCAACGACGCAUUCCCCGCGGACGACACCGGACACCACACUGCUCAGCUCUUUGCAGCGCAAUCAUUCCCCUACGACAUGCGACAUCCUGACGAGGCUGCAGCCACCCCAGUAGACUCUGUUAUGGAGAACUUUUUCGCAGAAUUCCUCCACGGGGAUUGGGGCUGGGAUCCAUUCUCUGUCUGCCUGGACACUUCAAUCCUCUGAAGUUUGACGUGUCUCCAAACCAACAAUAUCAAAAUCAAACCCACGUCUGGCGAUAUUUGGAGUUUAUGUCAAGUGUGGCUUCCACUCGCGGCAGCAAACAUUCUAGCUUGAACCAUGUAUGCCUCAGGCAUAAACUGUCCCACUCAAAGGCAAGCUUAAGCGUGGUGCUAUUGGUCAAGACGCUUGUCAAUUGAGUGGUCUAACCCAUUCUCGACUAGCGCGUUAUGCCCCGGCCCGUUGAAUCAGUCUUCGAUGAGGAUCACUCUUACAGGCUGGCUCGUCCUCGACUUUAUAUUCAGUCUUCCGGACACUUUGGUAUAUCAUUGUAUUUUAUGGUGUAUAUAUUUAUUUAGUAAAACAAACAGCGGGGCUCUUGCGCACCCCACCUUGAAUCUAAUAUAUAUAUAUUCGAUGAUGUAUAUAAUAUUUCACCUAAUCACGC